CCCGCUGUGACGUUUGAAUUUUGCCCUUCCGUUUUCACACGCUUUUCAGAUUACCCUAAAAAAAGAGGGUUGACGUCUCCGAAUAGGUUGAGCGAUUGAUUUUAUGUGUCUGAACUCUGGAGAUGUGUAAGCUGCAGUAACCCCACUUCCAAGCAACAAAAUCAAAUACCACUAAUUUAUCCAAAUUUUUCUUGUAUUCCGUUAGUCGUUGCAAAGGAUACAAUGGCGACUUGGUUAUUGCUUUCUCGGCUGGGAAGAAAUUUUGUCAGACCCAGGUGUCCAACACUUCUAAAGGUUCAACCACAGAUUUCAAAAUUUUCCACUGCAGAAAUAGCUUUGGACAAUGGCACUGCAGUUGGCAUCCGUCAUGCACCAUUACAGACUUUCACCGAAGAAGAGCUGAUAAUGAAAGAAACAGUUGCUAAGUUCGCUCAGGAACGAAUAGCUCCACUGGUUCGCAAAAUGGACGAAGAGUCGCGCAUGGAUGAUUCAGUUCUUGCGGGAUUGUUUGAGCAAGGGUUGAUGGGAAUUGAGAUUGAAGAACAGUAUGGUGGACCAGAAUCAAGCUUCUUUUCCUCUAUCCUUGUCAUAGAAGAGUUGGCCAAAGUGGACCCAUCAGUUGCAGUUGUAUGCGACAUACAGAACACCCUCAUCAACACGUUAUUGAGGAAAUGUGGGACUGAGGAUCAAAAAAGAAUGUAUCUACCUCGACUAGCUAUGGACAUGGUUGGCAGUUUCUGUCUGACUGAAGUUGAGUCUGGAAGUGAUGCAUUCUCUUUGAAAACUAGUGCUGAAAAGCAUAAAGAUUAUUAUAUCCUGAAUGGCUCUAAGAUGUGGAUUAGUAAUGCUGAUUAUGCUGGAAUAUUUCUUGUUAUGGCAAAUGCUAACUUCUCUGCUGGUUACAGAGGGAUCACAUGCUUCAUUGUAGACAAAGACACUGAAGGCCUGCAAGUGGGAAAAAAAGAAGAUAAACUUGGAAUUCGUGCAUCAUCUACUUGUGCAGUCAAUUUUGAUAAUGUAAAGGUUCCAGAGAGUAAUAUUUUGGGACAGCAGGGACAAGGGUACAAAUAUGCCAUUGGAAUGCUAAAUGAAGGCAGGAUUGGGAUUGCCGCACAGAUGCUUGGGUUGGCACAGGGAUGCUUUGAUAGCACUAUUCCUUAUUUGAAGCAGCGAGUUCAAUUUGGAAAAAGAAUUUAUGAUUUCCAGGGUAUGCAACACCAAAUUUCUCAGAUUGCAACCCAGUUGGAAGCUGCACGGCUCCUUACUUACAAUGCUGCUCGACUGAAAGAAGCAGGGAAACCCUUUGUUAAAGAAGCCUCCAUGGCAAAAUACUACACUUCCGAGGUGGCAGCCUUGACCACUUCCAAAUGUAUUGAGUGGAUGGGAGGAGUUGGCUUCACCAAAGACUAUCCUAUAGAAAAAUACUAUCGUGAUUGUAAAAUAGGUUCAAUAUAUGAAGGAACCUCAAACAUCCAGCUGAACACAAUUGCAAAAUUGAUAGAUAAAGAGUUCUAAUCAUGCUGUAUGUCAUCAACAGCUGCCGUUGGUACUAUGUUAAGAGUACAAAUGCAGUUCCAUUUACUGCAAAUAACAAGAACGUACAGUGCAGUUUUGAAAAGUUGUUUUACCUUCUGCAUACAAUGGUUUUCAUUUAUUAUAAUAAAGCUUCACAUGUAAACUCAAAUAACAUUUUGGUCAAAUUGUUUUAAUAUCAAUUUAUUAAGUUCCUCUUUCAAUGGCUUCAAACAGUUGUACUUUGAGUUUUGACAUAAUUGUUCCUGUGUGAAUAGAGAUCAAGUUAAUAAAUUAUUGCUUUCAAAUACCUGCAAUAUGUUGUACAUGAAUUAUGCCUGUAUCUGUACUGUAAACAAAAACAGCUUUUUAGCAAUAAAAUUAAAAUUGGCAUGUU